AACCACUGCAGCCAAGAAGAGUGCCUGACGAGCCCAGCUGCUGCCCUGCAGCAACUUUAACAACUUAAUGUGACGGCGUCCUCGCGGUACAGCACAGAGCAGCAGCAGGAAGGUGUCGGUGCAAAGCUUUUUAGAUGCUGAACAGCACAAACAUGUCCGGCACCAAAGCUCCAGACACAGUGAAGAAUGAGUUCCCACACCUGAGGAUUGUGCUUGUUGGGAAAACUGGAGUUGGGAAGAGUGCAACAGGAAACACCAUCUUAGGAAGAAAAGCCUUUGAGUCUAUAACUUCUUUUUCUUCAUCACUAGUUGGGUGUCGCAAAGUAACAGGGCAGGUGGAUGGUCACAUCCUGGAUGUAGUUGACACUCCGGGUCUGUUUGACACCAUACUGACUCAGGAGCAGGUGCAGACGGAGAUCGUUAAAUGCGUCUCCUUUGUUGCUCCCGGUCCUCACGUGUUCCUGGUUGUGAUCCAGAUCGGCAGGUUUACAAAAGCAGAAGAAGAAACGAUGAAAAUCCUUCAGAAGAUAUUUGGAGUGGAUGCAGCGUGUUACACCAUAGUCUUGUUCACGUAUGGAGACAAUCUGCAAAACGGAGGCGACAUCGACAAAUCAAUCAGUGGAAAUCGGUUUCUGCAUCGCUUCAUCAAUCAGUGCGGAGGAAGAUAUCACGUUUUUAACAACAAGAGUGAGGAUCGCUCUCAGGUCAAAGAGCUGCUGGAGAAGAUCAACACCAUGGUUAAGAGAAAUGGAGGAACACACUACACCAAUGAUAUGCUGCAGGAGGCUGAGAAAGCCAUCAGAGAAGAGAUGGAACGGCUUCUGAAAGAAAAUCCAGCCAUGGGAGAAGAUGAAGCAAGAAGACGGGCGGAGACGAAGAACAAGAUCCUGAAGGGUGCCGGGAUAGGAGCGGGCUUUGGGAGCAUCUUAGGUCCACUGGGAGCAGCACUGGGAGCAGCAGUGGGAGCAGGAAUCGUAGCAGCAAAGGAGAAAAAAUGUGUCACACAAUAAAGUAAAGAACAUUUGAUCACAUUUAGAUAAUUACUGGUCAUGUGAUUAAUGGCGCUCAUGAGAACUGUUAGUCCACAGUAAUCAUCAUAUUGUGUAAUACAUCAUCUAAGAGCUGUAUAACAUGAUCUCCUGAACAUCUUUGGUUCCUGGGUAACGAGCUUUUUCCUCUUUUUCUUAAGUAAAACAUUUUCUUGAAUUUUCCACAUUUAACACAAACAGUUCACUCAUCACCCGCUCAUGCUGGUCCAGGUCUCAGGGACAGUGGUCUGCACAGAGACUGCCACACCUGCCUAUCCCAGCUACCGCCUCCUCCUCCACCUACCUCCUCCCCAAGCUAGCUGAGAUGGACUACCAUGACCUUAGAGAGUGGGUCGGAGGAGCAGCAGCUUUGCUCAGGAGGAGCUGACAUGGUAUCAAACUGAUUAAAAAUAAAACACUGUUCACAAAUGCAAAGUUUGAAAACAAUAAAAUAUUUUCUUUAAAGCUUGAUAAAUUAUUUACACUUCAACGAUGCAAAUAUCAAUAAAUGUUGGUAUAUAAUGUG